AUGGCCACACGAACCGGAGGUGAAGCGCGCUCCGCGCCCCCAUCUACUGAUCCACGUUUUCUGCUCAUGCGGAAGCUUGAGCUCGAGAAGCGUAGAGCGUUGGACGUUCCCACCGCUGAGAAGUCGCAAUUGUCCUCGUCCGAUAUCGCGCGUCACGAUGCUCCAUUCGUUCCUACGGCAUUUUCUGUGGAGCACACAAAGUCCGGUGUCCCAGGCGCGAAGGUCGUGGCCGCGGAGCGGCAAGCCGAGCGGAGGGAGGCAGAGUUACGUAGUCAGGCACAGCUACGUGUAAGGCUGGCCGCAGCGAAGAGGGUUGCUCUGCAAGAUUCUGCGACCAGGACGGGCGGUAGUGCGCACAUCGGGAUCGACGGCCCAUCUUCCAUCGACGAUGACAAAGAUCUCAAGUCGCAGGAGCUAGCAUUGAAGACCAAAUUAAGGGCCAGGAAGACUUGA